AUGGCAGAACCAUCAACUUCUACAGAAGACGUUCAAGCUGCCCGUAUCAUCUCCAACCACCUUCCUUCAGGCUAUACCGCCGAGUUCGAUCCUGUUAGUGACCAUGGAGAGAAUAGGAAGUCUGUGGAGACUGAAGCUGAAUCGUCUCUCAAAUUGCAAGGCGGUGACAUGACGAGGGAUCUGUACAAGAUUCACCAACGAGGGAAGCCUCUUCAACGUGCGGCCACCAUUUCCCAUCCGCAUGACACGCCUCCGCUUGCAGAUACUUCCGUUGCGGAGCAACUUGCACCUGGAGGUUUUCGCCGAGCUUUCAUAAAGCAAAAAUAUGGACGUUUUAACCCCGCCGUUCUUCCAGUGACAAGAAACUUCGUUGAAUUUCUCUCUCUUUACGGAAGCUUCGCCGGUGAAGAUCUGGAAGACUCCGAGGAUGAAUCAGCCAUCGAAGAUGUCGAGGAUGAGGAGGAAGGGCAACCACCAACCGAACGCAGACCUCUUCUCGGCACGCGGCGGACCACGAGGAGAGAGAAGAAGGGAGAUUCCGGCAUGGCCAAGACGUUUUUCACGUUAUUGAAGGCAUUCAUUGGCACUGGAAUCAUGUUUCUGCCAAAAGCCUUCAACAACGGCGGGAUCUUGUUCUCCUCCAUUACACUGCUGUUAGUGUCUGUCAUUACUACGCUGGCUUUUCAUUUGUUGUUGCAGUGCCGGCAAGUACACUCGAAAAGCGGAUACGGCGAGCUUGGUGAAGCAAUCGGGGGUCAAAAAAUGAGAGCCAUCAUCCUAGGAUCGGUCACAAUCUCCCAGAUUGGUUUCGUUUGCGCCGGUACCGUCUUCGUGGCGCAGAACCUGUAUUCCUUCCUGGAGGCGGUCACCAAAGGACAAAGCCCAUUGUCAACAAACGUUCUGAUCGCUUUGCAACUACUUGCACUGAUCCCAUUGUCAUUCAUUCGGAACAUCUCGAAACUUGGUCCUGCAGCAUUGUUGGCCGAUAUCUUCAUUCUCAUAGGUCUCGCCUACAUCUACUACUAUGACAUUGCGACGUUGGCGGACCAAGGGCUGCACAAGACGGUCCAACUCUUCAACCCCGACCACUACACUUUGACCAUUGGAUCUGCGAUUUUCACAUUUGAGGGCAUUGGUCUCAUUCUCCCCAUCCAGUCAUCAAUGAAACAGCCAGAGAGGUUCGAGCCACUCCUCUGGACCAUCAUGCUGAUAAUCACAAUCAUCUUUACCUCAGUUGGGGCAUUGUGUUACGCCACCUUCGGGGCAGCAACCAAAAUUGAAGUCAUUUCCAAUUUCCCUCAGAGCAACAAGCUUGUCAAUGCAGUGCAAUUUCUGUACGCACUUGCAGUUUUGGCCGGGACACCUGUUCAGUUGUUUCCUGCGUUGCGGAUCCUGGAGAAUAAGAUUUUUGGUCGGCGUUCGGGCAAGAGAGAUACAUUCACCAAAUGGAAGAAGAACGGUUUCAGGACCUUGCUCGUCACCUUCUGUGCGUUAAUUUCAAUUCUCGGUGCGAGCAACCUAGAUCGGUUCGUGGCUCUUAUCGGUUCAGUGUGCUGUGUGCCAUUGGUAUACAUCUAUCCACCACUUCUGCAUUACCUCGGCGUUGCUCGGACACAGUGGACAAAAGCCGGAGAUAUUGUAUUUAUGGUAUUGGGACUCGCCUGCAUGGUGUAUACGACCAUAAUCACUCUUCAAAAUAGCUUCUGA